AUGUUCAUGAUUGUGCUAAGUAUAUUCCUAUUUUACGGAAUUUAUAAAGAAAAUAUAGCGUUUCUUGUGCCGUGGGUGGUUGGAUGCAUGACCUUCAUGGCGUUAGAGGCCAUGGCCAUGGUUUACUCUAAUAUACUUAGAGAUCAUGUUAACAAAUAUUUUUUGCGUAGGAAUCUGGUCCCGGGGAAUACUGCAACAAUAACACUAAAGCACAAAAUAGAUAGUACCUAUUAUGUGACUAAAGGUAGCAUGCCGAUCUCGGCAAUCGCUACUCGGCAUCCGGGAUCCGCGGCUCGGAAGCCGAGCACUGCAUUGGUUACAACCUGCUCGAGACCCUGCGAAUCAAACUUACUGCUGGGUGGUGCCGAGAUCGACACGGACGCUAGUCUGCACUCACUGUGA